UAUAUAUAUAGUAUUAUUUUGCAUAAUUAAAUUAAAAGUUAAGAUGGUUUGCCAGCAUUUUUUUUCAUCAACUUUAAUGCUAUUAAGAAGUUUACCAUCCAAGAAAUUUUACAUCUAUCCAAGGUUUUUCACUCUCAUAUCUUUACUAAGAAAAGAUAGAAUUCGAGUACCCUACAAACAAGAUACUGAAGAGUUGCUAUUGAUGAAAGAACAAAAACUAGCAGAAAUAAAAGAAUUAUCUUUAACAGGAAAUAAAGUGUACACUGAUAAUUUAAGUGAACAAAAAGAGUAUUUGAGUAUGAUUCUCUAUCAACUGUACAUUCGAGGUGAUCAAGAAAAUUUACUUAAGGUUUUCAACGAAAUGAAUGCAUCCAAUGCUUUAGCAGAGACUUCUUAUAUAAUUCUAAUGCGGUAUUAUACUGAUUGUAAAAAUUUAGAUAAAGUUACCUAUUUAUUUAAUGUUAUGAAAAAUAAUGAAAACAAUAUUUUAGGGACUCGUUGCUAUGUACCUCUUAUUGUUUGUUUUUUGAAGUCUUUGCAUUUUGACUCUGCUUCUAUAUAUUUGAAUGAAAUGCUUGAAACAAUGAAAAAAAGUUAUAAUGAUAAACUGUUUUCAGAAAUUAUUAGUAUUUGCUGUGAUUUACGUGAAAAUUAUUCUGAAAGUACAGAAAAGAUUGUGAAUCAAAUUUUGGAGUUUAUGAAUUGCUAUGGAAUUGAAAAAGUAAAUUCUGAAACUAUUUUAGCAAUUAAGAAAUGGUUUGAAAGUGACAAAAAGAACAAAUGGUUUGUCAAGCCUACAACUAUAAAUAGAAAAAAUCGUAAAUGUCAAUGUUGUCAAAAACAGCUAGAACCGGUUAAUCUGACACCAGAGAGGUUAUUGAAAUUAAAACAGAAUCUGAUGGCUGUUGUUGAAGAAUGCUUGUCUCAAAUUGAACAAUCUCAUAACAUAAAGCAAGUUCAAACGCCUCCCUUAACUGAGGAUAUGAAAAUAAAUAAAAGAGCCAAAUAUGAUGAUUUACAGAUUGUUGUUCCUUCAACAAAAAUUGAUAAAAAUUGUAAUGGAAACUUUUUUCAAAAUAAUUUUGGUAUUCGUUCAAAUACGCUUGAAAAUUUAAAAUCAUUUCUUGAAAAAAAUUUACCUUUUGAGAUUAUAAUUGAUUCUUUAAACAUGGGUUACCAAGGGCAACAAGGUUUUGAAAUAAAUAAGGUUCAAGCUGUAGUGCAAUAUUUUCUUGAUAAAAAAAAGCGAAUUUUAUUGGUUUGUGCUGACUCAAUGAAUCAAAAAUAUCUGAAUUCUACAAAGACAAUAGAGAAAGCAAGUGCAAUUAGGUUUCGAAAAACUAUGGAAUAUCUCAAUGAAAAUUGUACACUUUACUUUAGUGAAUCAAGUCUUGUUGAUGACUAUUGUUUGCUUUACACAAUCGCUUAUCACAACUUUGAGUUGAAAAUUGUUUCUAAUGAUUUGUUUCGUAACCACUUACAACUGAUGGAUGCAGACACUAGAACAGCUUUUAAAAGAUGGCAACUUGCAAACCAAAUGAGACCAUUGCGUUUUCUUAUUGAUGACUCACCAAUAUUUCAGCCACUAGCCAACUACAAUGUAACACUGCAGCAAAAUGGUGACAAUUGGCAUGUACCGAUAUCUAACAGCGUAUUCAGAGAGAAAAAAGAACGGAGUUCGUGGCUUUGUUUUCAAAAAAUCGAUAAAACCGUUAUUCUAUAAAACAGCUCUAAAUAAUUUUAAUUAAUGUUUUAAAAAGUAUUGAGAUGUUUGA